CCUCGACUCCAAGCUCCAGUCCCGGCCGUCCGUUUCACACACACUACUUUGCGAUUCGCAUGAAAAAUAGCACAUUUGUCCUGUAAUUCGCCGGGCUUGAGGGAUGCACGCCACACUUACCACGACACGCAUCGCAUACUCUUCCACGGUCACGCGUACUCGAAAGCCGAAGCGUCGUGACUCGGUUGCAUCCCGCUGCCCUGCGUUCUACGACCCGCCAUCCCCGAGCCAGUAUGACGAGCCGCCGUCUGCUGUCGUCGAGGACCUCACACUAGUCUCGUACGAUGACUCUACGCUAUCUGCGGAUACGCCUCUCGGGCGUUCCCCCCUGAAAUCGCCACGGACGCCUGCCUGGAAAGCGUUCCCUGCAAUCGAAGAGUCUCCGAAUCUUUCCUGGGCGGAAGACGUAACGCUUACAUCUACUCCGCAGUGCGGACGUAAGAGCUGUUCUCCGCAGAAGCUGUGGUUGGACGCGUCGAUGCUGAAGGAAUAUCCGAAGUCUCCUCCUCUUAAGCGUUUCCGGGCGGACAGCCUAAGAACGUUCGCCUCGUCCAUGGAAGCCCUAGAGAAAAUGUCGAAUUCGGCUGCCUUGAUGACGACGUUGCAUCCGGAGUGUCCAGUCGAGAAACGGGGCCGAAAGAGAGCUAUGGAAGCGGAGCGCAAGUCGCCAGCAGUCAGGGGCGGGAAGGCGAGGACCUCCACUAGCCCACAGGACACCGAAAACCAGCCCGUCCAUACUACUCAAUCUUCGCGAAAGCGUGGCCCGGGAGCCAGCCUACGCGAAUCGCACGUCCAAAAUCUACCCAGACACCAAGAUCCCAUGACUUCACUCGACCCACGCUACGUCUUCGAGUACCAGCUCACGCUCGGUGUGCUGGAUGCCAUGGACCACGCCCCACUCGGCCACCCGAGAUCCGCUGAGCAGAGCGAGAAGAAAUCAAAACGGCUAUCGGCAUCAUUCGCGCAGACUCUUGGCAGCCUGAAACGACGCGUACCCUCGCCACGAUCCUCUAUCCCGGGUCUCUAGCACCCGACGCCGCUCACAGUGAGUUG